CAAAACUUAUGGAGGUGGAACUUUAAUUUUUGGUUCAAAAACAACUUGAUUAUUCCCUCAUAUUAUGCGCUACGGCCAGACGGGCAACACUCUUGUGAUGUCAGGAUUUGGGGGUAUUCAGAAAGACGUUGGCAAGCCUAGUUUUUGGAAGAAAAACACCAAAAGUGUGCCUGGAAGUAUCAAACCAGUUUAUGGAGCUCAGCACCCACCCAGACAUGAAAGACCACCAAAUGCCAUUGGAAGUGGGCCUACCACCCCCAAAAAGGAACCUCUCAAAGCAACAAAGAGAGAUUCGUUCCAGGACUUUGAGAAUAAGACAAAUGACGCCUGGGACGAUGGAGAUGAUGACCUCAUCAUGAUGGCGAACGUGAAGAUGUCGUUAAAAGAUGUUCAUUCCACGGCGAUGGCGGUGAUAAAUAGCCACAGCCAGCAGCAGCGGCUGCAGGAGGAGGAAGAGGGCGAUGUUUACGAGUUGUCAAAUAAUGGUGCUAGAUCCUUAACGGAUCAUCUGCGGGAAUCACCGAGGGCUAAUCAAGGGAGCCCUGGUGGCUCUUCUCCACAUCAUUUCGGACCGGGUGUAGGAGUCCGGCUGAACUAUCCACGAGUGCCAAAACCAACCCAGCUCAGUUACGGGGUAUCACAGGUGUUACAACCAGACAGAGAAAAACAUAGAAUAGAGAAAAUGAGAGCUGUUAUGGACCACCCUAAUCUAGAUUUAGAUGAAUUAAAGAAAGUUUGCUGGUCAGGAAUUCCUAAAGCUUGCCGGCCAUCGGCUUGGAAAUUAUUAUCAGGUUAUUUACCGGCAAGUUUAGAGCGGCGACAACCGACGUUAGAAAGAAAAAGAAGUGAAUAUUUUAGUUUUGUAGAGCAGUAUUUUGAUACACGACACCAGGAAGUACAUGCUAGUACAUUUAGACAGAGCUCAGGACUAGAUACGAUACAGAAAGAUUUAUGUCGGAUGUCGGUGUUGACGAAUCGACGGCCGAUAGAGGAGAUAUUUGAAAGAAUUUUAUACAUCUGGGCAAUUCGACAUCCUGCGAGCGGUUAUGUGCAGGGCAUGAACGACCUUGUCACGCCUUUCUUCGUUGUGUUUCUCUCUGAGUUUGCGGACUGCGAUAUCGAAUCUGAUAACUGUGAUCUAAAUCAACUGCCAAAGGACAAGUUGAAUAUAAUCGAAGCUGACUGCUAUUGGUGCUUAUCGAAACUGCUGGACGGAAUACAGGACAAUUACACGUUUGCUCAGCCUGGGAUCCAGCUCAAAGUGAAGGCCCUCAAGGAACUCGUCAAAAGAAUAAAUGCUUCCUUACAUGACCACUUGGAAGACCAUCAGGUAGAGUUCUUGCAGUUUAGUUUUCGGUGGAUGAACAACUUGCUGAUGCGGGAGAUACCGCUUAGGUGUACGAUACGGUUAUGGGAUACAUAUCAGUCCGAGGCAGAAGGAUUCGCUAGUUUUCAUCUCUACGUUUGUGCCUCAUUUCUAGUCAGAUUUUCUCAUGAUCUUCUGAGGGAGAGAGAUUUUCAGGGUCUGAUGUUGAUGCUUCAAAACUUACCGACACACAACUGGGGAGACGAAGAAAUAGGACUCUUGCUUGCCGAAGCUUAUAAACUCAAGUACAUGUUUGCAGACGCACCAAAUCACUUGUCAAAGAGCACAUAGUCCAAGGCAGACAGGAUUCAUGAUCAUCUGUGUUUUGAUUUCAAGCCAUUAUUGCACCCCUAAAGCGCUCCACAAACAAGAAAUUUUUGGUGCAGACUCGCUUGACCUGCAAUACUUAUCGCUUUAGACAAAACUGCAAGAAGAAUUAGUCAUUGCUGCAACCUGUGAUAAAUGUCUUACCCAGCAAUUACCUGUUAGCAGACAAUCUUGCUCUCCGCGGCAAUAUUUGUCACAGAUAACAGCGUAAGGCUCAUGCUUGCUGGUCACUUACACUGAUAAUUGCACAAUUUACAACCUUCACCAAAGAAAGGCCAAAUUGUUUUUGACACAAUAGUCAAUUUGUCACAAAAUUUCAAGCACUAUUACGCAACUGAGCCAACUGUCACCUGGUCGUGACAAAAGAUGUUUCAAAUUUUCAUAUCAGUCUAUGUUUCAAAUCUGUCUGUUGUGUUUGUGAUCUUUCACAUUGGCUUCGGCAGUGAUUGCCAGCUUUAAAACACCAAGCUCGUAGGUGACCAGCUCUGGCAACAAGUGUGUUUGAAGAAUUGGUGCAGAACUUAUAGCAGUGUCGUGACAGACCGUUGAUAUACGAGAUUGUUCAGGUGUGCCAAGUGCCUUGGCUUCUCAUUCUGUCCUACAUGAAUGCCAGAUUGUGUCGCUGCACAAGUACAAAAUAAAGGUUCAAAAAUACUGUGUAGAAGCUAUUUGCCAGCGAAAUCUACUUCCGACUACUUCAGAUCGUAAAUUAAGUUUGGCAUUCCUGCACUUAAUAUGUAUAAUCUAUUCGUUGAUCAAUAUGUGCUGAAUACUCUCAGUGCCAAAUCAUCAUACAGUAUGUACACUUCAAAAAGGGUGAAAAUGUGUCAUGCAAAUUGAAUGGUACAUUUGUUUUUAAUUAGUAGUAUCUCAAUCAGCGGUGCCAUGGCCAGUGAAAUAAGACUAAUUUUGUUAAAUUUCCUGUUCAACCUACGAGUAUUUGUUCAUCAGGCCAAUGUAAAAUGAUUUCAUGGUUCUUGUCAGCCAAGUUUAGGAAAUGAGUGAGGGUUUCCUUCAUCUUUCUUCAACAAUUAAACUAUGAUUUUGCUGGUGGAAAACACAAAAUCUUUGAAAUUUGUUUAUCGGCCUGAAAACUGAAAAAUUUGUGAGGCAUUGGAUAUUGUCAUCAUCAGGGUUUAAACUUCACCCCUUCACUUUUGAUUGUGUUUUUCUGUUGUUCUGGCCCUGUCAACGGGUCUGAUUAUUGAUUACUGGGGAAAUUAUCUUUCAUUUUUGUACAAAUUUCAGUUAUGUAAAAGUGAUGAACUGUUUUGGUGCAGGCUCCUUAUUUAUAGGUGAGGGCAAUGACGAGAACCACGAUAUCAUCUUUCAGUUGCCUUAUAUCAGUGCCCGGUUUAUGUUUUAUGCAUAAUAUUUCUUCACUCUGUGAACUUUGUGACAUUCUUGAUCUAUUUUACCUGACUGAACCAAGCAGGAAAAUUAGACGUCUAUGAUAAUGAUUACGGCGGGAAAUUUAAACAUCUUAAACACGUACCGCUAGUGGCCAGGCCACGAGUUAAUGUAUUCCCAGGUAGAUAUCCUGCUGAGCGGAGUGGGCAGUAUUUAGGUCUUGGUGAUAGGUAUAAAUAGGUUGCUACGUCACUCGUAACGAAAUACA